AUGGAUGACCGGGCCAUUGUGACCACAGACAGCGAAAAGGACAUUGAGAGCACCGCUACUGGAGGUUCCAGUGACAAGGUGUCGCCCCAAUCUGGUGGAAAACUUUACUUGAAGGAUUCACUCCAAUUUCUGAGAUUGACAUGGCCGUUGCUUCUGGGAAACACUUUGGAAUGGUAUGAGUUCGGCGUGUACAGCUAUGUGGAAACUGAAAUCGCAGACAAUUUUUUCGAAGGUUCCUCAAUGGGAGCAUGGCUGGGCUAUGCAGUGACUUUUGUUGCUAGGCCAUUAGGAGGCAUUAUUUUGGGCGUCAUCGCUGAUCAUUGUGGUCGAAAAUUAUCCGUGAACCUGUCUUUGGCGGGAAUGAUCCUGGCCACUGUUGGUCAAGGUUGCCUUCCAGGCAAAUACUUCGGAGGUGAUUUUCAGCUUGUGGGUUUUGUCCUGUUGAUGAUCUGCAGGGCCUUGCAAGGCCUUUCAGCCGGUGGUGAGAUUGGUGCAGUGUCAGCAUACCUCAUGGAGGUUUCACCCGUGCGAACCAUUGGCAUGGCAGUGUGCAUGAUCUCUGUUGGUAGUCAGAUUGCUUGGGCCUUUGCCAGUGCCAUGUUGGCACUGCUGAACCAAGCCCUCGGAAAGGAACUGAUGCUGGUUUGGGGCUAG